CGCCGAGGCUCUUCCGCGCCGGCAGGGGCAGCAGCGGGAGCAGCGCGGGGCAGAGCGGCGCCAACAGCCAGGAGCGGCCCGGCCCGGCCCGGCGCGGCGGCGGCGGCGGCGGCGGCGGCAGCGACGCCAGAGCCCGUGGGCGCCGUUCGCGAGGCCGCCGCAGAGGCCCGGUCGCAGCGCGGGGAAGCCUGGGGGCCAGAGGUCGCCGCUGCCGCCAUGCCGCUGCUCUUCCUCGAGCGCUUCCCCUGGCCCAGCCUCCGCACCUACACGGGCCUCAGCGGCCUGGCCCUGCUGGGCACCAUCAUUAGCGCCUACCGCGCGCUCAGCCAGCCCGAGGCCAGCCCCGGUGAGCCGGACCAGCUAACGGCCUCGCUGCAGCCUGAGCCGCCGGCGCCCGCCCGGCCGAGCGCCGGGGGACCCCGGGCCCGCGACGUGGCCCAGUACCUGCUCUCAGACAGCCUCUUCGUGUGGGUUCUAGUAAAUACUGCUUGCUGUGUUUUGAUGUUGGUGGCUAAGCUCAUCCAGUGUAUUGUGUUUGGCCCUCUUCGAGUGAGUGAGAGACAGCAUCUCAAAGACAAAUUUUGGAAUUUUAUUUUCUACAAGUUCAUUUUCAUCUUUGGUGUGCUGAAUGUCCAGACAGUGGAAGAGGUGGUCAUGUGGUGCCUCUGGUUUGCCGGACUUGUCUUUCUGCACCUGAUGGUUCAGCUCUGCAAGGAUCGAUUUGAAUAUCUUUCCUUCUCGCCCACCACGCCGAUGAGCAGCCAUGGUCGAGUCCUGUCCCUGUUGGUUGCCAUGCUGCUUUCCUGCUGUGGACUGGCGGCCGUCUGCUGCAUCACCGGCUACACCCACGGAAUGCACACCUUGGCUUUCAUGGCUGCAGAGUCUCUUCUUGUGACAGUGAGGACUGCUCAUGUGAUUUUACGAUACGUAAUUCACCUCUGGGACCUCAACCACGAAGGGACAUGGGAAGGAAAGGGGACGUAUGUCUAUUACACAGACUUCGUCAUGGAGCUCACUCUCCUGUCCCUGGACCUCAUGCACCAUAUUCACAUGUUGUUAUUUGGCAACAUCUGGUUAUCCAUGGCCAGCCUGGUCAUCUUUAUGCAGCUGCGUUACCUGUUUCACGAGGUGCAGCGUCGAAUUCGUCGGCACAAGAACUAUCUACGUGUGGUUGGAAACAUGGAGGCCAGGUUUGCAGUUGCAACUCCAGAGGAGCUGGCUGUCAACAAUGACGACUGUGCUAUCUGUUGGGACUCCAUGCAGGCUGCGCGGAAACUGCCCUGCGGACAUCUUUUCCACAACUCCUGUCUUCGUUCCUGGCUAGAACAAGACACCUCCUGUCCAACAUGCAGAAUGUCUCUUAAUAUUGCCGACAAUAAUCGUGUCAGGGAAGACCAUCAAGGAGAGAACUUGGAUGAGAAUUUGGUUCCUGUAGCAGCAGCCGAAGGGAGACCUCGCUUAAACCAACACAAUCACUUCUUCCAUUUCGAUGGAGAUGACAGCUCCAUGCGUGUUACUGCCCCUGAAGACCUUCCAGUGGGACAAGAGGUGGAGGUGGACGACAGUGAUACUGAUGCUCCUGACCUGUGGUCUCGGAUUGCGAGCUGGCUGCCGAGUUUUUCCGUUGAAGUGAUGCACACCACCAACAUUCUUGGCAUUACGCAGGCCAGCAACUCCCAGCUCAAUGCAAUGGCUCAUCAGAUUCAAGAGAUGUUUCCCCAGGUUCCAUACCAUCUAGUGCUGCAGGACCUCCAGCUGACACGCUCAGUUGAAAUAACAACAGACAACAUUUUAGAAGGACGGAUUCAAGUACCUUUUCCUACACAGCGGUCAGAUAGCAUCAGACCUGCAUUGAACAGUCCUAUGGAAAGGCCAAGCAGUGACCAGGAAGAGGGAGAAACUUCUGCUCAGACCGAGCGUGUGCAACUGGACCUCAGUCCUCGCCUGGAGGAGACGCUGGACUUUGGCGAGGUGGAAGUGGAGCCCAGUGAGGUGGAAGACUUUGAGGCUCGUGGGAGCCGCUUCUCCAAGUCUGCUGAUGAAAGACAGCGCAUGCUGGUGCAGCGUAAGGACGAACUCCUCCAGCAAGCUCGCAAACGUUUCUUGAACAAAAGUUCUGAAGACGAUGCGGCCUCAGAGAGCUUCCUCCCCUCGGAAGGUGCGUCCUCUGACCCAGUGACCCUGCGUCGAAGGAUGCUGGCUGCUGCCGCGGAACGGAGGCUUCAGAAGCAGCAGACCUCCUAGCGCUCCCUUGCCUUCCUCAGCUGCCUCCUGGGCCCUGUGCCCGGCUGACCGGAGGAGGCCUGUCCCAAUUCUGUCCGCUCCAUGGAAAGGCGGGCUUGACUGCAUUGCCGCUGUAUAAAGCAUGUGGUCUUAUAGUGUUUGGACAGCUGACAAAUUUAAUCCUUCUUUGUAAUACUUUCUAUGUGACAUUUCUCUUCCCCUUAGAAACACUGCAAAUUUUAACUCUAGGCAUGAUCUCUUCUGGUGUUGACUGGACUGCUUGGGGUGGGGGACGAUCAGGAGGAAGUGAGCAGUCGCCUGCCUGCAGCAGGCAGCUUCUACUCCUGCCUCAUGCGUACGUCCCACAAAUGCAGGUGUCCUGAGCACCACAUCCAGCGGGAAGAGUGUGGGGGAGACGCACAGUGUGAGCCCACCCCCACGUCGUGGGGUAACAUCUGUUAUCAAACUGCUGUCGUUGUGGAAGCAUGUAGACUGUGCCAGAGGCCAGACCCACGGGCUCAUGCACCCCUGAGCCAGCAGGGCAUCUUGGAAAAGGAACUCUUGGUUCAAUACCUGGAGCAGAGGAGGGGAAAGUCCAGGGCUAUAGGGUGUGAUGAAAUCACCCCUUUCUGUCCCACUACGUCUGGGACUGACCUUCCGAGCCUCCAGUCCAAAGCCGGCUUCAUUUCCAUGAACUCUGGUGCUCCUGCAUCUCAUGAGUGUGCCCCAUGGGUCCCCUCCCCUCUCAGCAUUUCCUUGUCCCGUCUGGACCUGGGGAGUGGUUAAGCAGCAAGCUUUGGUUUCUGGUUUUCAUUCGUUGGUCAAGUAAAUUAGGCAGUGCUAAAGCCUGUGGGUUUGGUCCUUGAACAAGAUGUGGGCCUUGCGAGAUGGGAGAGUAAACUUUGAAGGGCUUUAUUAAAGAAAUAAAAGAGAACUUUUGUAUCUUG